AUGGCGACACCGACGAUGCCAACCCCUUUCCGCUCAGCUGGGAACCAAAUCGUAUCCCAACUGGAAUCCAUCGCCGAGUCGUUUGGCAGUCUAGCUCCGCCUACUAAUACGCAAACGACCAAUACUCAACCAAGUCAAAAACCAGCGGCUCCCGUUAGUACCCAAGCAAGCACUACCGUUCAGGCACAGGAUGUACGGAAACGGCGAAACACUAAGACCAACAAUAAGAAGAGCAAAAAGAACAAGGUCAACAGUGACAACACCGCACCACGAGAUAUCAACGUCGCCGACAUAAUCGCCGAGAACAAGACUGCCGUUGAGCUCAGGUGCUUAGCUGAAAAGCAUGCCCAGACUGGCAUGAGCCAAGAAGUAUUUCAAUCCGUACUGAAUUUUCAUGAAGAAAUCCAAACCCUCAUAGCUAUUAAGGCCCUCGAGCUUGGAACUACGGUCUCGGUCAUCGAAGAGAUAUUUAUGUGGGGUUUUGUAUUACACAUAGCCGGCGGCAUAGGCAGUGGAGAGGCUAUGCGUGAAUUGAGUGCUAAAUGGGCCGAGAUGGAACCAAGCGAAAAGGACACCUAUAAGAAAGUAACGGAGGAUACAAGCCACCUCGACGAAGGACUGGCCGAAUUAGAUUUUGGACAACAAGCUCGAGAUGAAAUCCUCCAGCCCCGUACCACCAUUUUGCAGAAUCCUCGCUGUCUCAAAACACAGAAAGAAGCUGCCGUUCGCCUAUUGGACAAAACUUUGGUCAAGUGCAUUCCCGUUGCAAAAGCCAACGGUUUCGAGGUGGCCAUCAUUGCGGUCUCUAGGCACAUUGCGAAACACAGCUUCCAGCUAACAAAGAAUACUAUUGGAAUCGACAAAGCCCUCGAAAUCAUAUACGAAAAAGAUGGUGAGAAAGCAUUACCUGUACAGUUGCAAUCAUACAUAGUGGGUAAGACACCUGCUGCGAUGACAGCGGACUUAGAAAAUAUAGGCAAAAGGUAUCAAUCCCGUGUUGUUCACGCACUCUCGGCAUUCCUAAUGGAAACCACUGGAUUGAAGAACUGGCCUUGGAGCAAGUGUGACAAGACUCUUGCAGACGCCGGAUACAAACUGAAGUUAUUACCAGGUGCUCGAUCAGACAUCAAUACCUUCAAGACAACCAGCAAAGCCCUCAAUCAAGCCAAGCUUGUAUCUAUCAAAAAAGAUCUCCAGGAGAACUUGAUCCAUCAAUACUCAAACUAG